AUGAUACUGAUUGACUUGGUUGACACUGCAGGCAUCAAUAUGCCAGCAGAAACCUCAAUAAAGCUACAUGAAGUGAUCAAAUUUAUAUCCAAAAGUAAGAAAAUGACAGUUCUUACUGGAGCAGGAAUAUCCUGUAAUGCGGGAAUACCUGAUUUCCGUUCAUCAGAUGGGUUAUACAAUAUGGUAAAAGCCAAACACCCAAAAGCAGUAGUGAGAGGUCAAGAUUUAUUUGAUAUUUCACUAUUUCGAGAUGAAAUAUCUCUUUCUGUUUUCUGUACCUUUAUGGAAUCAUUGUACAAAUCCACAUUAAAUGCCAAACCAACAGAAACUCACAAAUUUAUCAAAAUAUUGAAAGAUAAAAAUAAAUUGUUGAGAUGUUAUACCCAAAACAUCGAUUGCAUAGAGAAACACAUCAAUUUGAAACUAGGUAUAAACUUACAAGAGUUUGAUAAUGACAAAUUCAAAAAAGUUUGGAAUCAAUUAGAUGUUGUGCAACUACAUGGCAACUUACACAAAUUGUCAUGUACUAAUUGUUUCAGUCAAUUCAAUUGGAACGAGGAAUUCCAAACUUUGCUAGCUAACGGUCUAAACCCAGAAUGCUCCAAGUGCAUGGACAAAUACCAACAGAGAUUGUACCUGGGCAAAAGAUUAACAGGACAAACAAUUGGGUUAUUGAGACCUGAUAUUGUAUUGUAUGGAGAACAUCAUCCUCAAAUGGAGAUUUUGACACAAGGAUUGAAUUCUGAUUUAAAAAGUAAACCUGAUUGUUUGAUUAUAAUGGGGACAAGUUUAAAAGUUGCUGGUGUCAAGUCAUUGGUUAAAAGUCUAAGCAAAAUUAUUCACAACAAGGGAGGGAAAGUGAUAUAUAUUAAUAAAACUAAAUUGAGUGCAAGCUCGUGGAAAAAUUAUAUUGAUUAUGAAGUGGUGUCAGAUUGUGAUGAGUUUGUCCGGAUGUUGAAAACAGAGAUUCCCGAUUUGUUUUUGACCCAGGAACAAUUGGAUUCAGAGAAGUUGAACCAAGUUGCCGUUAAGGGCAGUGGUUUGAACAACCCAAUUACAACUGAUGCAGUUAAACAAGAGGUUAAAGUGAAGAUAGAACCAGGAGUUAAGCAGGAAACUAUCCUAGAACAUUCACCCGAGACAGAACCAACAGUUAAACAAGAGCCAAUGGUCAAACAAGAAGUUGAGAAUAUAAAUGUUAAAAAGGAACCAAUCCCCACUCCACCUACAACUCCCCAUAAACCGAAAAAUGCAGCUAAACUAAAAAGAAAGCUGCAUGAAGAAAUCAAUACUGAUGAAUUACAUUCAAGAAUUAAAAGACUACGUCCAAGAAAUGACCAAUUGAGUUCACCUGCCUCUUCCAUGAAUGGGAGCGAAGAGGAAGAAGAGGAUGAACUUGUGGCGAAAGUGCUACUUGAAAAUGCCAAAAAGGGGAUUACUUUGGAUUAA